AUGAUCGACUGGCCCCUGGCAUUAGCCGAGCGAUUUCAUUCGUUCAUUACAGAUUCCGCUGUUUCUGAUCCUUUGCUUUUACUGAAUCAACUCAAAGUCAAGGUAUGUUUCAUUUGCUGACGUUAAUAUUUGAAAUUGUUUGCAUUGCCUUAUUUUACAGUCAUCUCUCUUAUCAUGGGACUUCUUGGAUAUUUAUUUUCCAAUGCAACCGACCUUGAUGAACGUCUUAAUUCUUUCCGUUUGUGCCCUUAUUGUACUCUUUCUGACUAUUUCGGGAGCAUCUUUCUACAUUUACUCAACCAGAACAAAAGAUCAGUUAUAUGACGUCACAGUAAGUUUACUUUUACCUCUCUUCAUGACAACUGUUUAGAAGAAGUAUAAGAACGAUCCCUCAUUCAACUGGUCUUUUGCGGCGAUGAUUAUUACAUGGCUGACGUUAUUACUCGGAACAGUUUAUCUGAUUGUUUACAACAUUUUUCUGACCAAUAAUUACAUGAAUGCCGGGGAAUUGGCUACUUUCAAAGACUCAAAUGUGGGGUUUUAAUUGAUAUACAUAUGCAGAAAAGAUGACUAAACGGCAGUUAUUACGCCAUGAUUUUUAGGUAUCGUCGGACAAGUUUCUGGAGAUUUCCAUUAACAAUGCCAUCGUUGUCGUUAACCGAAAACCAAAACAAACAUCUAAAUUUGGAGAGACGGACAUCUUGAACAAGUACAACAACCUCAGAGAGAUGGGAUACGAGUACAAACUUUUGGAGCCGGCCCUUGGCUUUUUCAUGCAAACAAUUGUUCUGGUCGCUAUUUCUCUUGUGUAUGUCAUUUUCCUGGCAUUCAUCUUAAUCAUGAUUUGUGCCAAAAUCAAGGAUGUAUAUCGCGAUUCGGGUGAGAGAUCGUCCAGUUUACUUUGGUUCAGUCGGAUGGCUAAAGUAAUGUCAUUUGUGAUGUUGGUGUGUUCCGUGUUGGUGCUCUGCUUUUCAAUUGUAUUCUUAUUGUACAGUCAAGUUCAUCGUGUGAUCUGUCCUUAUGUUCAAGUUUAUGUAAGUUGAGUUUAAUUAAGUUAUGUAUAUGCUUAUUCAUCUUAAACUUAUAUAAGGAUUUUUAGCUUCAAAACCUAAACCUGGAGGAAUAUGUUAACUCCAAUUUCGCUUACUUCGAUCCCAAUAAUCUGGUCGAUUUUUUAAGUGAUUUGUCAGCCGAAAGGGUCGAAAUCAACGAAGCCAAUUGUAAUGGAUUUGUUAGGCCAAUCGAGGUCCGUAAUCAAUGUUAAUGUAUAAUAGCCUUCUGGAAAGUCGCCGGACUGAAAUCGGCGACAAGCACUGUGCGAAAAAAUAAGUUUUGUUUGCACUGUGCAAAUUUUCUCAUUUUUUCACGGUGCAAUAGGUUUUUUCGGCGGUCGCUCGCACCUUGAGUUUUUUUCGCACGCUGCAAACGCCAAGAAGCAGUCCGGCGACUUUCCGGAAGGACUAGUAUCACGAACAGAAAAUCAGGAACUAACAUAAUGUUUCAGGGGAUCUGGUUUUGUCUAUGGUUGAUCGGAGUUGCCUCAUUUGCGAUGGGGGUUUGUCUUUGGUUCAUCUCCAACCAGAUGGCCCAGUUCAGACCUAAGAUGUAUAUCACUCAAAAAGAGACCUUCGGAACCUUGACAAAGAAGCCAUUGACAUCAGUAUUCUCACCGAUGUCCACAUUCCGAUAA